CGCGUGCGCUCCGUCGCUCUCCCCUCCUGUCGUCAUCUAGCGCCGUGGCUCCUACCACCUCCGGCCCCCCACUGAUGAAAAGGCCCGCGGCCCGCCGAGCACUGGGGCAGCAGCUAGUGAGUGGCCUGCCGCCGUUCGUCCGUCCGCGCGUCACCACAUCGGGGAGCUCGCGGUCGGUGACGACGGCGAGGAGGCCGCCGUGGCCGCCAGAAAGGUUCUGAUUUCUGAAGAGCACCAGAUCCACUCUCCUCGGCAGCAGUGCAUUCGAGAUUACACUGAUGGGGUUCCUCACAAGUUCUUGGAUUAUGAACUUGUGCGGGAGCCCAGUAUGCUCCAACCAAGAUGUACUUUCAUGUGCAUUCAACGGAAUAUUCGACUCUUCCACUUGCACGAAUCAUCUGGUGGCGAUUGGCAUCGGCAUGCUGCUCAUACUUGUGCUCACACUCCAUUUACUUGUCCAAAUUCCGAAGAGCAGAGCAUCUAUGCGGCAACUCUUCACACUCAGUUCACCACUACAGUUGGCUGCAGUAUUGUUCAGUGGCUGCUUGGGUUUGGUUUAUCUUGGCCUAGGACUCUCGAUGCUGGACAACAUCUUCAAUCAGGAUGCUUCUGUUUACCCGCCACACUGGUGGCUUGUGACAUUAUCUCAAGGAUUCAAUUUGAUCUGUUCCAGCUUUGCUUUCAGCAUCAGGCCUCGGUUUCUUGGAGCUGCAUUUGUUAAACUUUUUUCUGUUUUGGUGACCACGUAUGCAGCAUUCAUAGGUUGUUCCUCAGUGGUUGGCAUUGUUGCAAAGAAGGCAAUUACCAUUAAGGCUUGCUUGGAUGUUCUGUCCCUACCAGAUGCAUUUCUCCUUUUACUUUAUGGCGUUCGGUGCAGCCAUGACGAAGAGGGUUACCAAGGAAAUGGAAAUGCUUUAUACAAGCCCCUGAACGCCGAGGCAGAUGGUGAGAUGGCUGAUUCUGACAGUCAAGUGACUCUUUUUGCCAAAGCUGGUUUUUUCAGCAAGAUGUCAUUCUGGUGGUUAAAUCAUUUGAUGAAGAUGGGUUACAAGAAGCCUCUCGAGGACAAAGAUGUGCCGCUUUUACAAACCACAGACCUAGCACAUAACCAGUACUUGAUAUUCUUGGCGAAGCUGAACAGCAAGCAGUCCCAGUCAAAUGCCACACCAUCACUCUUGUGGACCAUUGUUUCUUGUCACAAGCGUGGGAUCAUGGUCUCAGGUUUCUUUGCUUUGCUCAAGGUGCUCACCUUAUCUAUAGGCCCAUUGCUUCUCAAGGCAUUCAUCAAUGUAUCAGUUGGGAAAGGGACCUUCAAAUAUGAAGGCUUUGUGCUGGCUGCGACAUUGUUCAUUUGCAAAUGUUGUGAAUCUUUGUCAGAGAGGCAGUGGUAUUUCCGUACUCGGAGAUUAGGACUCCAAGUGAGGUCAUUGCUAUCAGCAGCUAUUUAUAAGAAGCAACAGAAGCUAUCAAACUCCGCAAAAAUGCAGCACUCUUCUGGACAGAUUAUGAACUAUGUGACAGUUGAUGCCUACCGGGUUGGGGAAUUCCCGUACUGGUUCCACCCAACGUGGACAACAACUAUUCAACUUUGCAUUGCUCUGGCAAUUCUGUACAAUGCAGUUGGUGCUGCAGCGGUCUCAUCGUUAGCUGUUAUCAUUAUCACCGUAGUUGGUAAUGCUCCAUUGGCGAAACUACAGAACAAAUUUCAGAGUAAGCUUAUGGAAGCACAAGAUGUGAGAUUGAAGGCCAUGUCUGAGUCAUUAGUUCAUAUGAAGAUCUUGAAGCUUUAUGCAUGGGAAGCUCACUUCAAGAAGGUCAUCGAGGGGUUGAGGGAGGUUGAGUAUAAGUGGUUGUCAGCAUUCUUGCUUAGGAGGGCACACAACAGUAUCGUGUUCUGGUCAUCACCUGUUUUAGUUUCAGCGGCAACCUUUCUAACAUGCUAUCUUUUGAAAAUCCCUCUUGACGCUAGCAACGUCUUCACCACUGUAGCAACUCUGCGUCUUGUGCAGGAGCCAGUUAGAUCAAUACCAAUUGUUAUCGCAGUUGCAAUACAAGCUAAGGUUGCUUUCACUCGGAUAUCAAAGUUCCUUGAUGCACGUGAGCUGAAUGGGCAAGUUAGGAAGAAAUACCGUGUGGGCACCGAUUAUCCAAUAGCGAUGAACUCAUGCAGUUUCUCCUGGGAUGAGAAUCCAUCAAAACCAACUCUAAACAAUAUAAAUCUGGUGGUCAAAGCUGGAGAAAAGAUUGCAAUUUGUGGAGAGGUAGGAUCAGGAAAAUCAACACUUUUGGCUGCUGUACUCGGAGAGGUCCCCAAAACUGAAGGCACGAUUCAAGUCUGUGGAAGAAUAGCAUAUGUUUCUCAGACUGCAUGGAUCCAAACAGGAACUAUACAAGAUAAUAUCCUCUUUGGAUCUUUGAUGGCCAGACAAAUGUACCAAGAAACACUUGCAAGGUGCUCGUUGCUCAAGGACCUUGAAAUGCUGCCAUUCGGCGAUCUUACUCAAAUUGGGGAGAGAGGAAUAAAUCUCAGUGGUGGUCAGAAGCAGCGUGUUCAGCUUGCUCGUGCAUUAUACCAGAAUGCCGACAUCUAUCUUCUUGAUGACCCUUUCAGUGCUGUCGAUGCCCAUACAGCAACAAGUCUCUUUAAUGAUUAUGUCAUGGGUAUUCUGUCAGACAAGACUGUUCUUUUGGUGACCCACCAAGUGGAUUUUCUACCUGGAUUUGACUCCAUUCUGUUAAUGUCAGAUGGGGUGGUUAUUCGGUCUGCAUCUUAUCACGAUUUAUUGUCAGAUUGCCAAGAAUUUAAAUAUCUUGUAAAUGCCCAUAAAGAUACUACUGGUGUUUCAGAUCUUAACAAUAUGGCCCAUCACAGAGCAAAGGAUUUGCCAAUAAAGGAGACAGAUGGUAUUCAUGGAAACAGAUAUAUAGAGUCUGUGAAGCCAUCACCAGUAGAUCAACUGAUCAAAACAGAGGAAAGAGAAUCAGGGGACGCAGGUCUUAAGCCUUAUAUCCUAUACCUGCGCCAGAAAAAAGGCUUCCUGUAUGCCUCCCUUUCUGUCAUGUCUCACAUAAUUUUCAUAGCUGGGCAAAUAUCACAGAAUUCAUGGAUGGCCGCUAAUGUCCAAAAUCCUGAUGUUAGUGCACUGAAGUUAAUUUCUGUGUACAUUGUUAUUGGAGUUUGCACGGUGUUCUUUGUGCUAUCAAGAUCUAUAUUCUUCGUUGUUCUUGGGAUGCAGACUUCAAGAUCCUUAUUUUCCCAGCUACUUAAUUCAUUGUUCCGUGCACCAAUGUCCUUCUUUGAUUCUACUCCUCUAGGCAGGGUUCUUAGCCGGGUCUCUUCAGAUUUAAGCAUCAUUGACCUUGAUGUUCCAUUUGCAUUGAUGUUUGGCUUUAGUUCCAGCUUAAAUGCGUAUAGCAAUCUGGGGGUAUUGGCUGUUGUUACAUGGCAAGUUCUGUUUGUAUCAUUGCCAAUGAUAGUUUUGGCAAUUCGGUUACAGAGGUACUACUUAGCCUCGGCUAAGGAAUUGAUGCGUAUCAAUGGCACUACCAAGUCUGCUCUAGUAAAUCACUUAGGUGAAUCGAUCUCAGGGGCUAUAACAAUACGUGCCUUUGAGGAAGAAGGUCGUUUCUUUGCUAAAAAUCUGGAGUUAGUUGACAAGAAUGCUGGUCCGUACUUUUUUAAUUUUGCAGCAACUGAAUGGUUGAUUCAUCGUCUGGAAAUAAUGAGUGCUGCGGUUCUUUCUUCUUCUGCUUUUGUCAUGGCUCUUCUUCCUGCAGGAACUUUUAGCCCUGGUUUUGUUGGAAUGGCAUUGUCCUACGGCCUUUCCCUAAAUAAUUCCUUUGUUAGCUCUAUUCAAAAGCAAUGUGACCUUGCAAACAAAAUAAUAUCUGUGGAACGGGUGAACCAGUACAUGGACAUUCCGAGUGAAGCAGCAGAAGUUAUUGAAGAAAACCGACCAGCACCAGAUUGGCCCCAGGUUGGCAGUGUGGAGCUUAAAGAUUUGAAGAUUAGGUAUAGGGAAGAUACUCCCCUUGUACUACAUGGAAUCACUUGCAAGUUUCAAGGUAGAGAUAAAAUUGGUAUAGUUGGUCGAACAGGAAGUGGCAAGACAACUUUAAUUGGUGCAUUGUUUCGCCUUGUUGAACCUGCUGAAGGGGAAAUAAUUAUAGACUCUGUGAACAUCAGUAAAAUAGGCUUACAUGACCUGCGUUCACGUUUGGGCAUCAUUCCACAAGAUCCAACACUUUUUCAGGGUACAGUAAGAUAUAAUCUAGAUCCUCUUGGGCAGUUCUCAGAUCAACAAAUAUGGGAGGUUCUUGACAAAUGCCAACUUCUUGAAGCUGUCCGGGAGAAGGAACAGGGAUUGGAUUCACUUGUCGCGGAAGACGGGUCGAACUGGAGCAUGGGCCAAAGGCAGCUCUUUUGCUUGGGCCGCACACUUUUGAAAAGGUGCAGGAUCUUAGUUCUUGAUGAAGCCACGGCCUCUAUAGAUAAUGCAACUGAUGCCGUCCUUCAGAAAACGAUCCAGUCAGAAUUCAAACAUUGCACCGUUAUUACUGUCGCACACCGUAUACCAACAGUUAUGGGCUGUGACAUGGUACUUGCAAUAAGUGAUGGGAAAGUAGUGGAGUAUGACAAGCCCAUGAAGCUCAUGGAAACUGAGGGAUCUCUCUCCCGUGAGCUGGUCAACGAGUACUGGUCAUACACAUCGAACGGAAACGUUUAGAAGAGAUUUCUUACAGUGUGUGUUCACUGCUGCAGUUUCCCAGGAGAUAUGCUAGAAUUAGUUUCAGAAAAAGGAUAUGCUGGCCUCGACAAGAGAACAAAAGAGAUGCAGUAAUCUCUCGACAUACCUCUAUUUGGGAUC